UCGCAAUCCAUCCUCAACCUUCCAGUCAUUCUUUAGUCCCUUGUGGCACUUACAUUCCUUCAAUCGCAGCAUACAGUCCUUCUGAUCAUCCCUCACUCGAGAUUCCAUUCUUUUCAGCAAAGCAAACUGUGUCUGCUAGCUACUCAACGCGAAAUUGAUCUUUCGCCUUUUGAACCCGUGCAUAUCAAAUAACAACGACGAACAUAUCCCUCGACAACUACCCGAACAAACAAACAACUCACUCCGUACAAACCAUCACCAGCAUUCACAAUGAAGUCCGUCGUCGCCGCCGCCGGCCUCCUCGCCGUUGCCAACGCCUACCAGCCCCACCACUACCACUGGCGCCGCCAGAACGAGACCUACCCCGAGGCCCCCGCCGGCUACACCACGCUGACUGUUGAGGUCACCGAGGUCGCCACCAUCACAUCGUGCGCUCCCACCGUCACCAACUGCGCUGCUGCCUCCAGCACCCUCCCCGCCUCUGACCUGUCCGUCAUUGUUGUCACCAACACCGUCGUUCUCUCCACCACUGUUUGCCCCGUGGCCGAGGCUGCCACCAUCUCCAAGUCCAUCAUCAAGGAGCACGAGACCGGCUCGCUUCCCGGCUACACCAAGACCGGCGCCGUCCCCGGUAUCACUGAGGGCCCCACUGCUCCCGCCCCUACCGGCUACCCCACCCCCGAGAUCACCACCUCGGCCGCUUCCCCUGAGGCCCCCGUCGGUGACGACGAGGAUGAGGAGGACGACGAGGAGGACUGCCCCACCGACGAGGGCGAUGACGACGAGGAGGAGGAUGACGGUUCUUCCGAGGGCGAGAACGUCGCCUCUCAGACCAAGCCUUACGGCGACGCCACCGUUACUGGUGUCAUCCCCGGCUCCGGCUCUGACGAUGAGCUGACCACCACCACCACCGCUACCUCCACCGGCACCAUCACUGUCACUGUCGAGAAGCCUAAGGAGACCGGCACUGGCUCCACCCCCGGCUCCGGCUCCGACAACGGCUCCGGCUCCGACAACGGCUCCUCCGAGGGCGAGGGUGCCUGCCCCUCCGUCUCCGUCGUGACCGUCACCGCCCCUGCUUCCACCGUCUACGUUACUAUUGGUGGCGGCGCUACCGAGACCAGCAAGGCCGAGUCCACUCCCGCCCCUGGCGCCGAUGACGACGAGGACGAUGAGGAUGUCGAUGAGGAGGAUGAGGAUGACUGCCCCACCGACGACGUCGUCACCCUGUCCAAGACCAUCACCGUCGAGCCUGUCCCUUACCCUACUGGCAACAACGGCACCCUCCCCAGUGGUGUUCCCAAGCCUACCGGUGCCCCUGUUUACAAGCCUGUUUACAAGCGCACCCGCUUCAGCAACGCCAGGCCCCAGAGGCUCGUCUAA